GUCACGUGACUGAUAUUCCAUCCUCGCCAUUUUGCAAUGUGGGAGAGAGGGAGGCCACUUUUUUUUUCAUGGUUAACGAAUAACACAAAGCAAUUUUAUGUGUUGAGGACAAAGAGCGUCGAGCCAUUCCGUGUCAGUCAUGGAGGAGAUCAGCAACGUAGCUGUGCUCAUCACACACUCCUCCAAUGCUGCCGCCUCCUCCACCUCCAUGCCAUCAGCACUAGGAUCAUUUUCCCAAACCCAAACACAGCAAGUGGUUGAGGAGGACACCUCACAGAGUUUUCAACAGAAACAAGCAGCAGAUUCUCUCAUCCAGGUCAUUGAGAAACUCAGCAAAAUUGUGGAGAAGCGGCCCCAGCGGCGCUGUAACUUUGUAGGACAGAAAAGAGCAAUCCAACAUGCUGCUGCUGUGGGGGGUGGAGGAGGUGUGGAGGUGAUGAGGGGGAGCAGGGGAGUUUCUCCCUUGAAGAAAAUUAAGAGGAACUUGAAGGAGCAAGAAAGUGUAGAGGAUGUGAUAUUAGAUGGCAGCAUGGCCGAGGUCGCUCACUCUUCACCUGUGUCAGGUGACAGUAACAACAACAUCACCUCCAUGGUAACGAAGGUAGCCAACAACCCCAACAACAGCGACCACAAGAGGACAGUAACAUGCUAUCAGUGUAGCCUGUGCCCCUAUCUCUCCCAAACACUGCCCCUGCUGAAAGAGCACCUGAAACAACACAAUGAGCAGCACAGUGACCUCAUCCUCAUGUGCUCCGAGUGUCGCUUUACAUCAAGAGACCAGGGGCAGCUGGAGGAGCAUGUUAGGCUGCACUUCAACAACGAUGACAACCUGAAGAGGAAUCCUACUCUUUCGGAUACUUACAUUGAGGGCAUGGACGAGGUUUUGAGAAAGCAAGAUGAGGACUGGACUGGGAACAGUGACAGUAUAGGAACCGAGGUGAUCAAAGGCCCAGUGGACAGUCCCAAGGAGUUAUCACAGAAGAAGAAAUGGUAUAGCUAUGAGGAGUAUGGAUUGUACCGCUGCCUGAUCUGCAGCUAUGUGUGCAGCCAGCAGCGAAUGCUAAAGACCCAUGCCUGGAAGCACGCUGGCCUGGUCGACUGCUCUUACCCCAUCUUUGAAGAUGAAGACGGGAUUCUCACGAGGAGAGAGACCCAGGCUGCAGCUAACACUGUGGGAAGCAGAGAGGACAUAGUCGUUCUUUCUCCAGUUCUUCAAGAUAAAAACCUGCAAAAGCUCCCCACCGCCUUCAAGCUCCAGCUGUUUGCUAGUCCAUUGGCUGUUGAGAACAAAGGGGACGUAUUGACUCAUCCGAUUGCUGAUCUCAAUGAGAAUCCAAAAAUAGCAGCAAAAGAAGAGCAAAGCGAGUACCCCAUGAAAGACCUGGCCUCUGAGGAGCCAAUGGUGGAGGUCCAGGUGACAACAGAGGCAGAGUCUGAGGUAGAGAUCGAUAGUCACCAUGACAGCACCUCUAUUACAGACAGCUUACUGUCAUCAGCUCAGAAGAUUAUCAACAGCAGUCCCAACAGUGCUGGCCAUAUCAACGUGAUUGUAGAACGCCUUCCCUCCGCUGAAGAUUCAGGGAUGGCAACUAACCCACUCCUUCUCAGCCCAGAUGUGGACAGGGCCAAGAAUAUACUGGAUCCAGAGGAGGAAGAGCAGGAUCAUGUGGUAGCAGUAGAGGAUGAUGUGAACCCUGGCUCCAGUACAGGUAGCAUUGCUGACAGCCAGCCAGAAGGAGGAGCUAAUAUUAAGUCCGGUGGUGCUGUAAGUAGUGAUUCUCCACGAGAUGAAAACAUCCCCCCUGCUGGUCGCAAGAGGACACAUUCUGAGUCCCUCCGCCUGCACUCUCUGGCUGCCGAGGCCCUGGUAGCAAUGCCUAUGAGGACACCCGAGCUCCCAACCUCCAGCACCAAGGUAAACCUGAAGACAUUUACAGCCCAGGCACAAAGCCAAAACACAGGCCAGAAACUGGUAGAGGUGACUGCAGCUGGACAGAAGGUUUCUGACGUAGGGACAACAGGCCUGAUGGACUUGGAUCUUCAGAGCAAGGGCAGAGAAGAAGAUUUGCAGUCCCUGGGUCUUGGUGAGGGAGAUGAGGAGGGCCCUGCCACCAAAGCUGGCAUCAGCCUGUCACUGCUUACUGUCAUUGAGAGACUCAGAGAGCGCUCAGACCAGAAUGCCUCAGAUGAGGACAUCUUAAAAGAGCUUCAGGACAACGCACAGUUCCAAAAUGGAGCCAUGGCAGGUGUGGUCACAGGCAACGGAGCUGGGAGUUACAUGUGUAGCAUCCCAGGAAUGGAUGGGUUGGUUGCCUCUCCUGAUGGUGGUCUAGUGGACUACAUCCCCAGCAGUGAAAGGCCAUACCGGUGCCGCCUGUGUCAUUACAGCAGUGGCAAUAAAGGCUACAUUAAACAGCACCUUCGGGUGCACAGACACAGACAGCCGUACCAGUGUCCUAUCUGUGAGCACAUUGCCUCAGACAGUAAAGACCUAGAGAGCCAUAUGAUUCAUCACUGCAAGACCAGGAUGUACCAGUGCAAGCUGUGCCCAGAUGCCUUCCACUACAAGAGUCAGUUAAGAAAUCAUGAAAGGGAGCACCAUAGCUUCACCAGUGACGUGGCCGCGCUCACACCGGUCACUGAAACCAUGGCCACUGUUGAGGAAGUUGAGCGGGUAACUGAUGAAGAAUGUGGUGUGCCGAAGAUGUAUAAAUGUGAUGUGUGCGACUACACCAGCUCUACAUAUGUUGGAGUGAGGAAUCACCGGCGGAUUCAUAACUCUGACAAGCCUUAUCGGUGCUGCAGCUGUGAUUUUGCCACCACCAACAUGAACAGCUUAAAGAGCCACAUGAGGAGGCACCCUCAGGAGCACCAGGCCAUGCAGCUCCUGGAGCAGUACAGGUGCUCUCUGUGUGGCUAUGUGUGCAGCCAUCCACCAUCACUCAAAUCCCACAUGUGGAAGCACGCCGGAGACCAGAACUACAACUAUGAGCAAGUGAACAAAGCCAUUAACGAGGCCAUCUCCCAGAGCAGCCGAGCUCCUCAGAAGUUGUCUGCAGUGCUGGAGUCAGGGGCAGAGAGCCCUGCAGUCACCCAAACCUCAAAGCACAAAGCAAAGGGCCCAAUUGAACCACUGCCAACGCCCACAUCUACAACAACGACGACGACGGCUGUGGACAGCUCAGGGAGCCUGCCCACACCCACCACAGACCCUUCACAGUGGCCUGGUGACACCCCAAGCCCCCAGGGGAAGGACCCCGCACAGCUCCAGUCUCAGGCCCAGAGCCAACCACGCACAGGCCAGCCACCCAUGGAGUACUGCGUGCUCUUGUUCUGCUGCUGCAUCUGCGGCUUCGAGUCCACCAGUAAGGAGCGGCUGAUGGAUCACAUGAAGGAGCACGAGGGAGACAUCAUCAGCAUCAUCCUUAACAAGGAGCAGCAACAACCAGAAGCCCAACCAGGCCUCCAGACAGCAGAGUGAGCUGUGCCCUCAAUCCUUCUCUUUUUAUUAAUGCUCACCCUGCACUCUUGCCAUGAUCCGCUGCCCCCAGAAGUAUUUCAUUAUGUUUCUUUACCCCUGGUUAUAGUGGAUUUCUGCUGUAACCAUUACACAUUCACUGUACCUGAGUUAAUUGUCAUCAGAAUGUUCUGUCAGGUAGGUGUGGUGUAAAAGGUUACAUCUGUGAGACUGCAGUAACUACAAGGCACACUCCUUUAACAGCGGUAGAGAAAAAAAUAUGAAAUUACUUGCCUUUUGGUGAUCCUUGUUCUUUUUUUCUUUCUUUUCUUUAUUUUUACACUUUUCUUUUUAAUGUUAUAAGCCGUUGCUAUUUAUGUCAAAUAAUUUGACAUUAAAGAGACACAAAAUAUGUCUGCAGGAAAGUAAAUAAGUUUUCAAUGAACAAGCCCGAGCUCUAACCCAAGUCUGACUUUUCACUAUACAGGGACAAGUUCAUACCUCACAAAACCAAUCAAUCCCUCACCAGAAAUGGACAAAAAAAAAAAUUCACAUAUUUUCCAGUUUAAUUCAUAUACUGACCAUGAGGCAGCUCUUUUAUUGCUACUGUUGUAUUUAAUGUAUUUAAUCCAACACAGUUGAGGCUUGAGCAGGUACAUGUGCAAACUCAUAGCAUGUAUCACAGCUUUAAUACAAUUUCAUAUUUAUCAGUUUAUUUUUAUGCAUGUUAGUUUCCGUUAUACCAAUUUAAAGAAGCAAAUGAUCAUUUUAAAAAAAACAUUUUUUGUUUGUAUGAGUGACUGUAAUUUUAUUUGUUGGCUCGUUUAUAAAGCUGUGUCUUGAGAGGAGAAAGUAAUAGUUCUCAAAGGAGUGGAAGGUGACCAGGGCAAAGUAGAAAUUGGUCUUUGAUCGACUUGAUUGUAAUCUACUGCCGUCAGAGGUAUUGGUAUUGGGCAUGUCGACAAAAGGAAUGAUAAAAAGGGAAGAUGGCAUUGGUUGGACUUUAAUUUUAAUUGAAUGGUGCCUAGAUAUUUUAAAGCAGGGAUAUGUUGUAUUAAAUCAGACACGCCUGUUUUACUUGUGAUUGUGGUGCUCGACUCACUUUAAAAGAUAAAUUCACCCAAAAAUUAGAAUGUACUAUAUGCUCACCCCCCCGGCUAAGGGCAGGUAGGGUGAAGAUUCGUAGUCUGCAAAAAAUUUCUGAAGCUUCGAGACAAAACCUUAAACACAACAAACAUAAAAUGGCGCCAUCCAGCAUUAUCAAACCAUCCAAAAUCAAGCGUCAAUCACAUGCCCCAGAUUGAGACUCAAAAAAAAAAAUGUUUCUCUACAAACAGGACCUUUUAGGAUCACAUCAUCACUGUAGCUGCUGAGCUAAACGUGUUUGCCCACACCCCACUGGAAGUGGGUGCAAGAGUUCGACCCUGUGCUGGGAGUAAAUAACAUCUUUUGAAAUCACUUUGGAAACUCAGAACUUCCAGAGACUUGGACUGCUGUGAAGCUUCAGGAAUGUUAUGUGCACUAUGACACUUUCCAUCACCAUGGGGGUGAGUCAGUAAAUGAAUUUUCACUUUUGGCUGAACUUAUCCCUUUAGAGUUGUCAUGGAAGGUAUAGUCCAACUUUUUUAUAGCCCAUGCAAUUGAUGUUGUAUAUAAUACCAUUUUUAUAAUAACUUUUACUCUUUUUCUCAGUGUUUUUAAAAUAGAAAAAAAACUUUCUAGUGUCAAACACAACUUAAAAUGACUGCUGUCUCUGCUAACAAACAUGCCUGAAAUGAGAAAAGAAUGGAUGUAAAAAAUAAAUUUUGGAAGGUAUUUGAGGUUUAUAGGCGUAGUCCUCCAAUGUCUGUUCAUGUGAUUGACUGGAGGCUGGAGUGUGAUGUAUUGACGGAAAAACUCAUCACAGUUGGGUUAACUUGGAUUUGAAGAAUUAUGAAGGCUGCAUGUUCACUGUGAUGGAUUGCCUCACUGUGUGGAAAUUUAUUUUUUCAUACAUAAAGGGGAAAACAUUUAACCCUAGCGUCUGAUAUGAUGCUGACUGUGCAGAAAAAAAACAAAUGCGAGGGAGUACUGGCCCAGAUUGACUUUGACUAGUCACCCAGAUGCACGUUAGUAACAACUGAAAUAGUCUUUGCACAUUAAUAUUCAUUUAAACUGUGUCAUUCUGUCGGGAUGCAAUGCGAACAAAACGGUGCUUUCGUGUCGAUAACCAGAGAGCUUACGAGGAAAACCAUUUCCUGUUUCUGCUACAAUCUCCAGCCGCCUGAAAAACCCAUCAAAAUCGCAUCAAAAUGUUUAAAUUAACAGAAAUGUAAACAUAGAUAGAAGGUGAGGUCGAAUAACAGAUUAUUCUUUUAAAACAAACACUCUACCCAUCGAAUGUAUCAUGCAGUCCAGUCAUGCAGAACAUGCUGUGUCAACUUAAUUCAUCAGUAUGCCAUCCCUCUCGUACAUCCACACAGACAGAGGCUGAGGAAAUUAAGAUAAAAUGGAAUAUCCAUAAUUCAUGCCACCCUUCUCUGCCCGACGUAACAGCUUGAAAUUGUCUGCGUGUUUGUAGCGUAGUGGGUAAAACAAAAUUAAAUCUCUAUCUCAGAGACCUGUUACCUGGCCUGGUAUUCUCAUUAUCAAAGCACGUAAUUAUUGUCUGGCUUUUAAUUUACAACUCUGCGAGGCAGAAUUAAGGAGGACGGUCAUAUGCCUGGAUUUAAAAAAAAAAAAAAAAAAAUGAAUUAAGGGUGUGAGUUCAGUGUCCCUCCUGUCUGAUUAACGUGACUUGCAUGAAAAUGAGGAGUGAGACUAAAAGACUAGGCUGACCGAUACCACACAUAGACACAACCCAGCCCUGCGCUGUCUAGUAUAUGAAGAACUACUUCUAUUAAUCUGACAGUUUUUUUUUAAUUAUUCCACACCAUAAAUUGAUUCUGGCUAAAGGCUCCCUGUGCGGCAUUUAAACCUCUAUAGAGCUGGUUGUUAAGUGCAGAAGGGGCAACAUGGGUGACCUGAAAGACACUCUCCACACUACUCCAAUGUGCCACAGGUGGCACUAAUGUCUAGGAUUUGCAGCAAUGUGCCUGCAAAGAUGGAUGUAAACAAAUAGGGUUUGCUUAUGUUUCAUGAGAAAGUAAAUGCAGUCCAAACAUUUGUUAGAGCUCCAAAUUUUUGGUCCCUUCAUUCAAAGGCCUCAUUUGCACCACAUGCUACCUUUUUUCCAUGUAUGGUGUCAAAUAUUAGUUAGCAUUAGCGUUAGACUAGAAGGCAACUGAGCCUAUUCCACAAGCAGUCAGGUCAUCCCAAAAGGUAGAUUAAAACAAAGGUGGCAGUAAAAUUGCUACCCAAACUGCAAACACCCAUCACAGUUUACAAGCAGACUUCCUGGUUCAGCUGACUCAGUGCAACUUGCUGUUUCAGGUACGCUCCUAUUUUAAGUUUUAGUUUUGACAUAUUUCUAAUCUGUUUUGCCCCAUUGUGCUCUGUUGCUCUUAUUCUCCUCCACAUUGUUAGAUCUCCCUAUUAAAAAAAAGACCAAAUCCAGCAAUGCAAUAAUCCAUCCAUGAAUAAUUUCCAGCCUUUCCAGCAUGUGUUAUGAGUAAUGUGGAAGCAGGUCAUUCAGGCUAGCAUCAUGGCUCAUUGAUGUGUUUUUAAAGGUUUUUGGACAUCAGUGGAGCCCUAUGGCACAGAGGAAUAAGUUAGACCAGGCUUCAGAAGCAAACACAGUACCUGUUAGCAGGACCAGUUCCAGAUUUGAGUCUUUCUAUGAUAGUCGUUGAAAAUCAGAAAAAUAAAUAUCACCAGAUUUAUCCUUAAACUGUGGUUUACACAGUAUUAUCAUAACCAACUAAAAUGAUGGCAAAAGCAGCAAAAUCAGCAUCCUAGUAGUAAUGAACUCUUUGAACUAAGUGACCGUGCAGUGCAUUUGCUAAUUUAGAAUGUCAAAAUAACUUGAAAUCCAAGCACUGCGGUGUCAGUCAGAACAUGCACCAAGGCCUUUUAUUCUGCGUUACAGAAAAGCUAAUGAUAUUAUUUAAAGUACAACACAAUUAUUUAAGAUAUUUUCAGGAUCUAAGCUGAGUCACCAGCAUGUGAAGACAAAAAAAAAAAAAAAAAGAAAAUAUUCAAUCAAAAUGUGUUGGAAUAAGUGAAAAUUUCACCCAACGGCUGGGAAAUGCCUCUUGGGUCAUUUUCCUGAUGGUGGAUGGAAAUGGGUCAAGUGGGAUUUUGCAGGCUGUGAUGCAUCCCAUGUGAUGUCACAAAUUGAAAAGUGUGUCAACACAGACAGCAGACACUGCAAGGAGGGAGAGGAUGUGUCUGUUUACCUGUUUCUGAGCAUCUGUACAUUUGUGCCAUAUUUCAAAGCAAAAAUGUGUCUUUCGUUUGAGUUUUAUUGUGCCUUUUGGUUCAUGGUGUUGUGUUGAAACUACAGUUUUAAACUCUGCCAAAACUUCACUCAGUUAUCACAUGUACCAGGAGAGCCAUACUUUGAUUUGGGCGCAAAAUAGUGGUGGCAAAAGUCUUGAUAUCUGUGACGAUGCUGGUUAUUAUUUGAACACCUCAGUAUAUUUUCCAUAGAUCCAAAUCCACAACGGGGUUUCAUGCAGCAGUUUGGGGGACAUGGAUAAAGAACAAAGAAUGUGAAUCCGUCUUUUCUCAUAUUACUAGCUAUUUUAACUAGAAAUGAGCUCAAACACUUGGUACUGUAUUUUAAGUGUGUACAUUUUGUAGAUGAAGACUGCAGAACCUUAAAACUGACUUUAAAAAAAGGAUAAUAUCUAUUUUUUUGAUGAUCUUUUAAAAAAAUUAAAAUAAAACAAAAAAAAAAGAACAAUUAAGAUUAAAAAAAAAUAAACUAAAGUUUCUGAUUUAAUUUAGGCUCUGAUCUUAUUUACUCCCAGUCUAUUUGAGGUAACUGACAGUGUUAAGCUAAAUACAGCUAAAUGAGCUGCAUGUAUUUAAACCAAAGGAGGUGGAGAAGAUUUAACAUGUCUGUCCUCAUCAGUGUAUUUUUGCUCAUGUUUUGUAUGUUCAACGUGGAGUUGUUUCAGACAGCAGUGUGAUGCUUGCUUUUUGUUUAUUUAUUUUUAGAACAUCUUAGGCUUUAUUAUAUCACUACUUUACCAUUGUAUAUUUUGGUAAUAAAGAAUGAGAAAUAAAUGAG